CGCCAAAACCGUGCUGGAUGAAAAACACAGGCCUGCAGGAAACUAGACUUCACGAGUGCAGCUGCUGGGUGGACCUGCCCUGUUUGGAACUGCUUAGAGUACAGUAUUAACUACGAAGCUUAGAACGCAAGGCUGAAAAGUCCUAGUGAUUCCCAGAAAAUAACCACACUGAAACCACACUUCCUUAUUCUGGGCUGUGCUGAUUUACCUCGAUGUCUGUGGCUAAAAGACAGCUACAAGCAGUAAGCAGGUUGAAGCUCAAGGCCCACCGAGUCUGUAGGUGUGGCAUACAUAGCUAGAGGCUGCCAAGCUUUCUGUUUCACCCUUGGGGAGGAGGAGGAGGUGCGCACUGUGCUCUCCCACAGAGAUUGCACAGGCUCUCCUCCGUGCACAGGCUGCAGUGACUCCGAGGACAAAAUGGCUUCAGAGUUCUCCACAUGCAAAGCGUUUUUCAAAAUACAAGAUGUGGUAUGUUCACAUCAAAGGGCAUCCCUGUUUCCUAGUUACAUACAAGUACAAUGAGACAGGUAGUGCCAGCUGUGCUGGUGGUUUAUGUUGUGUGGACACGGUCUGCAAAGACAGAGAGCGAGUCCAGCUCUUUAGGAGGCAGGCUACCAGAUAGCCCUGAGAGUGCAGCAGCUUUCAGUCACUAAUGCUAUUUCUGUAGUUCAGUCAGAGAUUUAGAAGUUAACUUCAUGCCUUUACCAGUUCAGCUAGCUACUUGUUCAGGAGUGACUUGAGCUUGCUUACAAUUUAAACUUCUAUUUGCCAUAUACUGCAUACUGAACAUAGUUACACAGUAUCCUUUUGAACCAUGGAUGAAUUUCAUACCGGAUAUACUUUCUAGGCCCCUUUUAGAGAUCAGCAGCUACAGAAUUAGAAUGUCUUAGAAACCAUCAGACAAACUAAAAAAGGAAAAAAAAUCUUGAGAAAAGAAAGAAAAAUACAAAAGGAAACCCCAAACCUCUGAAGCCGCCUGGUUGUGAGGCAGAGGAAGGCGCAUGUGUUUCGGCUAUGCUGCCGGCAGGUGGACUCUGAAAGACCUUAUAGAACUGAUGCUUCCUGGGGAGGCAGGCAGAAGAACAAAGCUCGUGGAGGUGCCUUUUCUCCUUCUUGCCCCACUCCACUAAACCGUGGCCUCCAAUUCCCCAACACUGCCCAGGGAAGCGAGAUGAAGUGGAAGAGGAUUGUUAUCUUUGCUAUCCUGCAGGCACAGCUCCCAAUUACAGGUGCUGUACCAAUUCUUGGACUGACAGACCCAAGACUCUGCUACUUGCUGGAUGGAUUCCUCUUCAUUUACGCAGUCAUCAUGACAGCACUUUUUGUGAAAGCUAAGCUCAGCCAAGCUCCUGAGCCACAGCUGCAGCCAGUCCAGGAUGAUGUGUAUAAUAAACUGUCUCGUGGGCACAGAGAUGAAUAUGAUGUUCUGGGGGCAAAGAGAGGUGCAGACCCUGAGAUGGGUGGGAGACAUCAGCAGAGAAGAAAGACCCCUCAGGACACCGUCUACACUUCACUGCAGAAGGACAAGAUGGGCGAGGCGUACAGUGAAAUUGGAAAGAAGGGAGAGCAGAGGCGGCGAGGCAAAGGCAAUGAUGGUGUUUACCAGGGUCUCAGUGCAGCAACCAAGGACACCUAUGAUGCGCUCCCGAUGCAGCCUUUGCCCCCCCGCUAAGUGGGAGUCACAGAGGGGAUGGGCAAAAGUGAGAGAUGCCCACCUGCUUUGGGGAAGGAGAGAAGGGAAAAGCCUUUUUGAUCCAGGCAGUGUGCAUUUUCUCAGUGCAACAAACCACUUUGGUUUGUGCACAGAGGGAAUACAUCUGGACUUGGUCAGCACCUUCUCCUUUCCCCCUUGAAUCACGUAACUGCAAGCUUUAGCUAUUAAAAUGUACAUAUCUGUAUAGUUAGUUACUUCCAAUGAUAGUGGUUAUUAGGCUGAUUUUUGUAAGAUUUGUGUUGUGGGACCAGAUUGGAUCCCUGGGUUCUCCUGCUGACUGAGCUGUUUCCCUAGCUCUCACUUGCCUUCCAGGGGUCAUGUAAUUAUGAUUUUGUUUCAUUUAAAGACCCUUGUAAGGAUAAGGCUGUAGUUAUUUCCUGCAUUAUUUAUGAUAAAAACAUUUGACACAGGCCAGCUAAAUUUUUGGUUUAAAUUUACAUUUUAGAAACUGCUUUAACAGGGGACAGGUUUUUUUUCUUUAACUGUAAAAAGUGAUGCAAUGUUACUGUAGUGAAGGACAGAGCACAAAGGCCAGCUGUACCUACCUGUUUAGUAUGAAGGAAAUCAGUACUAAGCUCCAACAAAAGGUCAAGUAAUGGCAGUGACACUCAUUCAGCAAAUGGAACUAAACAAGAGCCAGGUAUCCACUAUAAUAAAUUUCUCAGAAGGUAGAAGAUACCCCUGUUACAGUGAAAAUGAGGAGAGUAGACUCUAAAAGUGAGUAAUAUUGAAGAAGCCAGGAAACCUCAUAGUAGAGAAUACCAUUUGGCUAAAGGAUGUAUUUGCUUCACUUCUGCCCCUCUCAUUUGCAACAUCUACAAACAUCACUGCACAAUAGUCUCCCUGUAUAAAAACUUUUGUGAUAAUUCUAAUGUAAAAACAAACCAAAUUAAUCAUUUGCUGGCAAUAGCUACUUUGUAUUCAAGCCAGUGGAAAUGCAGUUUCAAAAUCAGUCUACCAUCAAGGUACUAUUAAAAGAUGAUGCAAAUGUCAUUCCGAAGUGGUAGUAGUCAAUAAUAUAAUGCAUUUUUGAUGAAUGAAUAAAGGCAGUGGCAAUGCUGUGUGUGUGUGUAUGUGUGUGUGUGUGUGCGUGCGUGCAGUGGACAGCUGUGGGAAUUGUACCAGCCCAUCAGCUGACACCAUUUAGGCUGGCUGGACCAACAGCCACCAGCAGCGUGAUCUCCUAAGCAAGACCAGUGAGGUCAGUAUUCCAGCAGAAGCACCUCCAAAUGCCUCCUGGGAGGAAUCACUGUAGGCAUGGGGGCAAGUGAGUUUGAAAAAAUGCUGUCAGAUGGACUAUAAAAGCCACACUCAGCUCCUGCUGCAUCCUCAGUUGUGCCAGUGACUUAACAAGACUAUGUCAUGAACUCCUACAAGCAACUCACCAAGGCUAAAAAUAGCCCGGAAAAAUAUAGGUUAUUUUAACUUGGUCAGGAGCUGACCGGUUUAUUUCAUCAGUCCUGACAGAGAGAGCAGUGCUGGGACACAACUGUGGGAACAAGAGCUGCUCAUGCCGACACUGCUAAGAUGAAGUUUCGUAUUAAUUUUUUAAAAGACUGGGUUACAAGCAGAGAAGCUUGCUGAAAUUGCUGUUAUGUAAAUUACAAGGCUGUGCCUAAAUUUCUUAAGCAGUAAAACUGUAUUUGCAGUAA